AUGUGGCUUUUCGUUCUUGGAAUUGUCGUCUCAACUUACUGCACCUAUCUUACACCCCCGACGGCCAUUACGCGAAAUGGUCCCAUCCGCGGCGUACACCUUCCCUCCUUCCAGCAGGAUCUCUUCUUGGGAAUCCCAUAUGCAUACGCCCCAAGAUUAGACAAUCCCAAGCCUAUCAACACCACCUACGAUCCUGACACGCCAUUUGACGCUUCCCGCUACGGAAACACCUGCUAUGGAUUCGGCUCCAAUGAACUUCUGGGACUGACUCAAAGCGAAGACUGUCUGAAUCUGAAUAUCAUCCGCCCCUCCACAGCAAAAGUCAACCAAAAUGGCAGCUCUCUUCCUGUCAUAUUCUGGAUAUACGGCGGAGGACUGCAUCAGGGUUCUUCAGCGGAUCCAAUGUGGAACCUAUCGUAUAUUGUCCAACGAUCAGUAAAGGAGGAACAACCACUUAUCGCCGUUAGCAUCAACUACCGUCUCUCUUUCCUCGGAUUCCCAGGAGGACGUGAGGCCUUGAAUGCUGGGGUGACCAACUUGGGACUCAAAGAUCAGCGAUUGGCUCUGGUAUGGAUCCAAGAGAACAUAGUCGCAUUCGGAGGUGAUCCAUCCCGAGUGACAAUUUGGGGCGAGUCUGCAGGCGGAAUUAGUGUUGUACAACAGCUAAUUGCAUAUGGUGGCCAGGGCGGCACUGAGCUGUUCAGUGGUGCCAUUGCGGUCAGCGGUUUCGCUACGGGGGCUGCUUUGCCUGACAUGGAGGACAUGCAGACUGGGUUUAACAAGCUGGUAGAUGGGGCCAAUUGUACCAUGGCUGAAAAUAAGCUUAAUUGUCUUCGCGCGACCUCAUUAUAUAAUCUGUAUCCCAUUGAGGGAAGCAUGCAAGGAGGAUGGGGGCCAGUGAUAGAUGGUGAUUUUCUACGGAGACCUCCUGCUUGGGAGAUUCAUGAUGGGAAUUGUGCUCGUGUGCCUCUGCUCUUGGGCAGUAACUCGGACGAGGGGCUGAUCAAAGUGACAGCGUCUGGCUACUUUCCUAACCUGACGAAUGAGACAAGGACCCUCCUGGAGAGCAAUUUCCCUCUUCUGCAGCAUUCGGUUAUCGAGCAGCUGCUAGAUAUUUAUCCUGAAGAUGGCAAAGAAGAAGCACCACCGUACUCCCUGCCGCCAGGGUUCGCCUGGUGCGAGGCCAUGCAUGCCGUCAACCUCCCGUGCGGAUCUCAAUACCGCCGUGCUGCGGCAUUGCUGGGUGAUUACGUCUCGCACGCGCCCCGACGGUAUAUGGCCCAGCUGUGGUCGCGACUCGGUCUGCCUACAUAUACCUUCCACUUCAAAGCGGUCACGACAGGAAUCCCGAUACAAUAUUUUUACGGCCUGGGGCCUGGAUUUGCGAACCACGGAGCUGAGUUGUCGUACGAAAUGGGACUGCCUGGGGGUCUAACAACGCCAAUUGGGUUCUAUCCACCGGUCAAGAAUGUUUCUGGGCACGUAGCUUUGUCGAUAGAAAUGAAUCGACGGUGGAUCGCGUUUGCGGGAAGAAGGAAUCCAAACGAGUUGAGAGAUGGAACUUCAUCUCCAAAAUGGAGAGAAUAUAAUGCUUCAGCAUCGAAUCUUGUUUUUGAUGCCACUGAUGAAGAUCUGAAUCUGUAUAUGGAGCGAGAUGACUAUCGUGAGAGUGCAUGUCGAAUCUGGACGGAAAAUGUUGCCUAUACGGAUUAUUCUGGCCAGGGACUGUAG